UUUCCAGCUUUCCAGGAACUUCCAACACCAAUCCUCCCUAGCGAAAAUCCACAAACUAUCAGUUGUUGUAAAUCGCCAGACUCCUGAGGUGAUGACUUGCAGCAUGCGCCAAACCGAUGCGUCUCGAUCCAUAGAUCAGCAUCCACGGAAGCCACCCGCCAACAAAGCACAGCAUAUGCAGGCCAAACCAGGAACCAACUAACCACACCAUGGACCAUCUCACACCGCAACUCUGCUGCCACUCCUCAUUCAUAAAAGAAGCCCCUGAACAGAAGCCAGCUGCACUUUUCCUCCGUUUACCUCCCAGAAUCCCAAACCAUCCCUACGAACUAUCUCAUACACCCCUUUCCCACCUUCUCCGACGCCGCGACCAUGGCGUUGUGUUUGGUGGAUGCCUGGGUCGUUGGGGUGGAUGAGAUUGUUUGGUCGCGAGCUAAGGGGGACAAGGGCUCGGUCGAGUUCACGACGGAGAAGUCCAAGUCGUCGGAUGAUUGGAAUGGGGAGGCGGACGAGGUCAAGGUCACUCGCGAGGACAAAGAGGCGGACUCCGCUUGUGAGACUGCGUUGAGGGCGUGGAGGGCGCUGCGGUGCCGCGAUGGGGGGCGCGUCGAUGUUCGCAUGGAUGGAGCUGGGCUUGCUCGUGUCAUGGAGGUCUGUUUCCUUGAAGGCUCGUAUCCAGGUGACCUUUGCUAACGCUCACAGAUCAAUCCGCUGGCGGGGUUGUUCCCGAGCUGGUCGCAGCUGCCGCUCAUCGCCGAGCAUA